CACACCCCUCUAUAUUGCAACCCUUCACAACAACCCCUCCACGCACGCACGCACACACACACCGUCCCCUAUCCCUUCCCUCCCCCCCCUCCCUCUACCACAUACCCUCCAAACCUGUGCAGUCGACAGAUCCAGCCUGCGCACCAUGGCCUCGUCAGCAAAGGUUGUGUUCGAUGUCCAUCGCAAGGCUAUGCGCUCGCGGGAGGCGCGGACUCUGCUCUCCAACUGCAUGGCUUUCUUCAACGAGCGCAUGCGGGGAUACCAUACGGGUGCUGGCUACACUCCGCUCCGCGAUCCUGUCACGGACUUUGCCAACGGCAUCGGCCUGUGGAUGCUGCUCGAGGCGCUAGAGGGCAAGCCGCUUGGCGUCUACAACGAGGCAGCCGUCUCGGAUCGCGGCAAGAUGGAGAACCUGUAUGGUGCUCUGGCGGUCAUGGCCGAGCUUGGCAUCAAGCCCGUCGGAGACGGUCUCUGGGACGCCCGCGGCCUGAUGGAGGAGAACGCACUGCACGCUUGGUCGGUCAUGACCGCUCUUGCUGUCCACUACGACUGUGAUCGGGACCUCGAAGCCGGCGCCUUUCUCCCCAUCAUCGAGAAGCACUACACCAACGCCGACGACGCCCUGCCCUACGCCGAGAAGACCCGACGCUUUGUCCUCAUCCCCGAGGAUUGGUCGCCGCCGGCCUUGCUCUGACAUCCGCCGCCUGGUGGCUCUCGCUCACUAUUCCUUGCGUAACAACGUCUCCUUUACGCCACCCUCGCGUUGCUACAGCAGCUGAUGCUCGUCCACAAAGGCCUGGAACUCGGACGCGCCGCCGAUAAAGGCGCGCUUGGUCGAAUCGUUGUUGUCGACAGCCACCACUAGCGGCGACGACGUGUGGCUCACAUGUGCAUCGUUGUCCG